AUGAUCGACGGUGAAGAAAAAUUUCACAUAGCUCGAAGGAAGAGCAAACACCGCUCCCAGAAGUACAGAGUUGCUUGGGAAUACGAUAGAACGUUUGCUUGGUGGAUUGCGCCAGACCCCGACAAUUCUUAUAAAGCUCGUUGUAAAAUAUGCAAUAAAUCUAUAACCGCUGAAAAGCAAGUUUUAGACAAACACGCCAUUUGCAAAAGACAUUUGAAAAACUGGGCUUUGAAGUCUGAAUCUGAAACUCUAACGCUGCUAAAAACUUACUAUCUUGAAAUUGAAAAUGUACUUUGCUAG